AACUGACAGUUUUGUUGACGUUUUGUCAAAUAUAAGAUGUAAAAUAUUUAUUUAUCAAUCAAACCGAUAGUGAAACCUCAGUUAAAACCCCUUGUUUCAGUAUAAUUUUAGCGAAAAUGGACAAUUCCGUGAACGUGGAACAAUCUAGUCAAGAUAUAAUAAAUUCUAGUCCAAAUACAAGAAGCCACGAUAUUAAUUUAAGCGAAAAUCGUACCGAUAAAUGUAACGAUAUCGUAUUUAUUAGUACUUCAAUCAGCCAGAAUGCUACAAAUUCUCAUCCGUUAAUGAUUUCGCCGACUUCGCCCAUUUCGCCUGAUUUUCCUGAUUUGAUUCCUGAAAAGCCAAAAAGUAAAACCAAUCAUGAAAAGAAUAGCUUUAAUCCCCAGGCUCAUAGCAGCACAUUGGGAUCCAACAGUGAUUAUCAGGAUAUAUUCGAUAAACAAUUAAAUGAUUCUAUAGGGGAUUAUAAUGAUACUUUGUCAGGAUUUACCACUUUUCCCCGUUCAAAAAAACUAAAAAAAAUUAAGCUUGAUAAAUCCUUAUUCGAGCCAGAUUCCGCUUAUUUAGACUUACAUUCUGUUAAUAUAACAUGUAUAGAUGAUGAAUUUUCCACCCAUAUUGAAGAUUUUGAAGAUAAAAACCGUAUUGAUGAUUUUCCAGACAGUCCAACAGCUUUAAAAAAACAAUCGCCAUUCGAUUUUCCGGUUGAAACCACACAUGAAGGAAGCGAUAAUGAGAAUGAUAAGUCGGUUUAUGAAGCCCAUUUAAGUUCUAAUCUGCAAAAUGUAGCGCUUACCAUGAACGAAAAAGAAGGGAAUUUAAAUUUUCUCGCCCACAAGAAGAAAAGUAAUAAAUUAAGAAAGAUAUCGGUCAUGUCGGUAAAUCGGAGUCAGGACAGUGACGACUCGUCACUGGCUGGUGAUACAGAUAGUGUAAAAUCGGAGGAUAUUUUUGCGGGGGAUGAUGAGAAUUCUGAAGAAAAAAUUGAAACUGAUGACAAUAACAGUUCUGAACCAAUCGAGCCGCUGAGCGCAGCGGACGAACGCAGGCACGCGCGCCACUGGCAACGCAUGCUGCUGCCCAGCGGCGAGCAGCGCACCAUCGACAUGCGCGUCAUAGAGCCUUACAAGAGGGUGCUCUCGCACGGAGGCUACUUGAGAGCUGGCGGAAACACGGCCAUCGUGCUCUUCUCCGCAUGCUAUCUGCCCGACAAAUCGAGAGUGGACUACGAUUACGUCAUGGAUAACCUGUUUCUUUACGUUUUGUGGACAUUAGAACGUCUGGUUACCGACGACUAUGUCUUAGUUUAUCUACACGGUGGCGCAACCAAAUUGCCAUCUUUCAGUUGGUUGAAACGCUGCUACCAACUCGUAGGUAGAAAAUUGCGAAAAAAUUUGAGCCACCUGUACUUGGUCCAUCCGUCUUUGUGGAUCAAAACCAUGCUUUUUAUGGCCAAACCGUUUAUAAGUUCAAAAUUUUAUAGAAAAAUAGUGUACAUGGGCACCUUAAGGGAACUAAUGGUUCGUGUGCCUGUAGAGGCAGCGUCAAUUCCGGAUAAGGUAAAAACUUACGAUAGUCUACACUGCGCAACAUAGUUAAUAAUAAACAAAUGAAACUGAAUGCACAUUGAAUAAAAACGCAUUUUAGGUUUUUCUACCUAAAAUUAUAGUAUCAAUAUUAUCAUAGUUGUACAAUGUUUACAUUAAACAAACAAAGAAUUGAAUCGCCAGGGUUUUUGUACUGAAACGUAAUUAAAUGUGAAAUCUUUAUUUUUUAUGAUUAUGAUAUUUUUUAAAUACAACUUUAUGCGAAAUAUACUAUAAGCUUUUUAUAGUAUGAUUUUUUGAUUUAUUUAAUGUGCAUUUGAUUUUAAAAGCCUUACCAAACCUAGAUGAAGGUGUAUUCCUAAAGCUUUACAGUGUACUUAAUGUAAGUAAAUGAUAUAUUCAGAAAAUGCGAAUAUAAAUUGAAUUUAAAAACAACGAAAAAUUACUUUAGGACUUUUACAAAAUAUUUAUUUUAUUUAUUGAAUUAUAUUUAUACAUUCCACUUUUUAUUUUUGUUUAAUAUUUUACUAAUUUUUGCCUG